CCAGGAUUUGCUUUUGCGUUUUGAUCCGCUCGUUGAUUGUGAUUGAUGAGCAGGCAAAGCAGGCAAAUAACUUUUUUGCAUUCACCUUGAUAAAACACUAUUAGCCUUGGAUACUUUAGAAGAAAUAGAAAACUUUCAGUCUUAUUUGAUUGUAGAAGUAAACUAAAACAACACCCGAUGAAUUUCUAAUUCCUUAAGAGUAUGUUGAAAUAUUUACGAACAACCACUUGCACUUUAAAAUAAAACAGAUCAAAUGUAAAAAUACCGAAUGUCAAUGAGUAUCAAAGUGAUGUUGAUCCAGCAAAAAGAAAUGAGAAAAACAGUAUCGGAAUUGGCAUCAACGGUUCCAGCAGAGUCGCGACUAGUACGCAGGCGUGCAGCUUCCCGUUCGGACGCGAUGAAUGGCAAAACGAAGAUGAAGAACGUGGCUAGAAGAUGCUUAGUGGGCAUCGUCGUAUCAAACCCCGGAUUCUUCUUUCACCACCAGUCCCCGGCAGCUCCCACACUUCUUGUCCAUGCCGCCGGCAGUCACGGAGGCAUCGGCUUGGCCGGGAGGCAAUCCCUGCGCUUGGCGGAGCAAGACAUGCUGGCACAGCAGAGAAGGAUGCAGGGAAAACACGAGUGGGAUCACAGCACUCCGGUUCUGCAGCAACCGUUUCGAUUCUUGUCUCUCGAGGAGGAGAGACGCAUGCAGGUGGAGGAACUGCGACGGAGUGGGAAGAUAAAAGAAAAACAAACUGCCUUGGUCCAGCAGCAACAGGACGAACUCGACUGUCUGAGCUGCUUCCCCACCGCGCCCAUUGCCGCGCUGUUGCCGCACCAUGUAGGUUCCCAGGGUAGAAGUUCUUCCGGGUCGUUGCUCGGAAAGAAACGAUCUUCCCAACAAGAAGGGGAAACACGCCAGUCCACUGCGGGUUCUACCGUUGCAGCUCCUGCUGAAUGCAGCACAACUAGUGUAGUCAACAGUACUACCACUGCCAGAGAGACCCUUGCCGAGGUGCAGCUUCGCCACGCGAGAAACAGACUUGCGUACGACUUCCACACCUACGAAUAUGGCUGGAAUCCAGUGGACAUGAAGGCGAGUUACCAUUUAGAUUCCCUCGCUGCGAUUCCGAAGUAUCGGAACGAAGAUGCAAUCCUAGUACAAGCAGUGGCGGACGUGUUGAUCCUCGAGGGGGAAAAGAACUCGAAACUUCAGGCGGACAAACACGGGUUACCGAUCCCGUUUGAGACGGAGCAUCUCCAGAACCCCCUGUGUGCAGAAAGCUCUCACAUCGACGGCUUCUACGACAUUUUUGCACGGAAAAAUGAUGACACCACGAAAAUUUCCAAAACCUGGAUGUCUCUGCAGCAGUUUUUCAAACGCUUUUGGCAGUGGAGCAAGGCGUCUGCGGAGGCCUACGUCCUUGCGCUGAUUUUCAUGCAACGGCUGGAAAAGAAGUUGAAGAUGAAGCACGGAAACAGUUUCAGCACGAAAUUCUGCGGUGGCGAGCCGGUGAUGCCGGAUUUUGUGUUGUCCGAGCGCGACGCUUACUCGAUUUUCACGGCCGCGUUACUCCUCGCGACCAAAUGCCAUGAUGAUCACCUCCACGUCGACCGGUAUGCGGCGAUCGCCGGGGCGAAGCGGGAGGAUGUGAUCAAGUGGCAGAACGUUUUUGUUUCCAUGCUGGAUUGGGACUUUUUCGUUUCGGUGAAAGAGUUUGAGGUGAUGAAAAACCACCUGUUACUUUUCUCGCGGUUCCAAUUUUCUCUGAGCAACCAAGUGGAAGUUUCGAACGCCUUUCUGGCGCGGGAGGAUGUUCUGGAUCUGGCAAAGAGCAGUAGCAACAGGCCGGCUGCUCUGCUGAUUACAGAUGAACGCCCGAAGUCUGAAGAACCGACAGGGUUCCUGUCCGGAGCUUUGCCCGCGGCGGCAGUCGUCCCUCCGUCUGUGGGUCGGUCCAGCAACACCAGCUCCUCCUCCUCGGACAACGAGGAAGUGGCGGCCGCCAUUCAACAACAGCGAGAUCUCUUUGCGCAGCAGCAUAGUCUACUCAGUGUAGGUAAUGAUAUUGCGCAUGAAUACGAAAUCGACCACGACGGCAAGAAAAGUGACGAGACAACUCUUGAGCUGCAACAAUCUCCUUCGUUUCUCCAACGGUUGAAGAAAGACGGCGAGAUUUUAAACUUUUCCGACGUGGAGCAGUUUCCAGCGUUGUUUCUCUUCCUGAAACACUCGAUCGAAAAGUUUAUCGGUGAAGAGGAGAAAACGAUUUUCCAGGCGGAACAAACGCUGCAGUCGCUAGAGCAAGACGCCCAAAAAUGUGAUGAAGAACCUAAAGGCGAACGUCAAGCAGUGUACAACAAGCCUGCUCUUGCAAUCGAAACCAGCAGGACCGUGAAGAGCUGCAUGCUGAUGAGCAUGGAGACAUUGCAGGUAAUCACUGCUGUAACCGCUUGGUACAAAGCAGUUUUCGAGGGCGCGAUGCCACUGCUGGAAAAGGAAUUCUAUCGAAAGGAGAAUGAUGUGGAGGUCCAUUCUCUCGCCGGCGCUGCGAAGAAACCCUGUUCAUCUUCAGAGCAAAAUAUGCAGACCGGCACAAGCGACGAGAAGAAACCCGCGACAACAGAGCCGCCCACGGAGAUGAAGCCCUCGACGGGGAAGAUGGGCAAUAAAGACGGAGGGGGUCGUACUAGUUCGGGCCCUGCGCCAAAGAAGGUUCUCUUACCCUACGGCUUUGAACCCGUGGGCGACGACCUCAUCACAGCGCCGAUUUCUCUCGCGGACUCCGAAGCAUCCACCUGCUAUCUUCCUGGCACUCCGAACUACAGCCGAAAACAUUCUCUGCUCUCCUCCCACGCCUCGUCGUCCUCUUUCGGAAAUUUGGACGCCGGUGCAGAGGGAACAUGCGGUCCGACAGAGGGGAACACAACGACAGGAAGCGCAUCAAACGGCAACGAGCGACGUGUUCUUGCUGUGCCGACGUAUAAUUCCUUCGGAAAUUUUAGCGAUGGCCGUGGUGGUGCUGCCUCCGUAGAGCCACCGUAUGUGGGGCCCGCGCGUCCUCCGUUCACAGAGGAGAGAAUUCAUCCGGUCCUCGCCCAACACUGUGCCGAACUUCAAAAAGCCGGCUUUUUGGACGGGGAUAAGAAAGAAGAGUCGCCGUGCGACCUACUACCGGAUGAGGCGAGCGGCUGCAAAGUCAAUCCCUCGAGUAGAACCGCUGCUGAUCGUCAAGCUCAACAUCCUGAGAGCGCAAAACAGCAGCUCCAUGAAUUGGAGUCACGACAGAGCAACCUGGCGGAAAUCGCGACAGGGCUGGCCUUGUUGCACGAACAAAAGUUCCGCUACAACUUCCCGACGCGGCUUGUGCGCACGAACUUAGGGUUGCAGGAAGUCCUCGCGCCUUCGACACAGCAGGAACAGCUGCAGCAGCAGAACCGUCGAGAACGCGACGUCUCCCCCGCGUCUGGGGAUAGUUCCGAGGAGACCAGUGAAGGGCGCAACUCCCACUCGCUUUCCAAUCACUGCAGCAGCAGCGCAGGUGAGAGUAGUGGGUCGGACAAGGCGGUUAGCAACCGACAGGUGGCGAGUUCUUCAAAUGGAUCUUCUUCGACUCCUAGCUGUUUCAGCAUCGUGCCUGCGUCUCUGAAACCCUGCUUCGGGUGGCUGAACAUGCUGGCAAGCGACCUCAAAGGCGAGUGCUGUGGGAGAGGAGGAAAUGCAUAUGCAAAUGGAAACAAAAAUCACAACCAAUACGGAGUAAACGGCGUUGCUAACCACGGCCUUGUUGACCCGCGACAGAAUUUUUCGCUUUUCCAACCGCAGAAGGAGCCGCCACCUACCUUCAUCCGCUUUACCCUAGACGACGACCGAGCGCCGCUGUACAUUUCUUCUUCGGCGCAAAAGAGGGGCCUGUUCCGGCGGAGACAGUAAGAAAGAUGAACUACAGGCGCAGCUAGUAGUUUAAUAGUUUUCACACUCAGGUACUGGUGGAGCCUGCUGUUUGAAGGUGCGGCGCGAGCUACACUAAGGCUGAACUUUUCGAGCAGAUGAAGGCUGUUGUUUUGUAUGAGAUCGUUGUACCGUUGCAACUGAUCGCGCAAGCCUGCUGUUUGGCGUGCGUGCAGUGAUGAAUCGUAGUCAACAAUGAACACCCGAGUGUGAAGGCGAAAGCAGACCUCCCUGUUGCCAAUUUGAUAAACUCUUCCUCUUGCAGUAGAGGUGGAGCAGAGAUUAACCGAGGAGUAGGAGUCAUCAUGAUCACUGCCGACGACGGCGGUGCAGUGUAAAGUAAAGUUUACCGCAGGUAUGCGUGUAGGGAACAUGAGGUGAGGUUUGGACUUGCGGGGAACAGGAAUGAGCAAACAAAAUAAGAUUUUAACGGCACUGCAGUACAUUACGUCACGCUCUCAAAUCUGCGUACUUGGUAGAAUAUAGACGCCUUUAUUGUAUAACACAUGCAGUGCAACUCCGAUACAUUCGAAGAAUAGUGAAAGAUCGAUCUCUGCUGGUCGUGACAAAGAAUUUAUGGAUUUCCAAGAAGAAAACUUAGACUUACGACUACUACUAGAACUAGAACUUGUAGUACUCAAGAACGGCUGAAGAAAUCAGCUGCAAACAAGCUCGGAGACGUGGUUAUUGGAAUUGGACUUGUACAUUAUUUAAGACGAGCACGAGUUGGUGGAAUUCGAAUUUUUCAUUGCUGGAAACAAGCAACUAGAAAUAUUCACUGGAGGGAGUUGGACACACGCGAAGUGGUCUAGCACAGCAC